AUGGGCUGGCUCUCCGAAAAGAGCACAAAAUCACGAGCGCAGCCCAACGCCGAGACAGCGGUCGCCGAGCUUCGUGCCGAAAUGGCACGACGCGGAUCACCGAUCGACCUGCCGACGGACGACGUCCUCCGGUUCGCGAAAGCGCGCAAGCUGAACGCGGUCAAGGCGGCUGACAUGCUGCAGGCCGAUCUCGAGUGGCGGCAGGCGCGGCGCGUGGAGGAGCGCCGCGAAGAGCCGGCGGAGGACAUCCUUGGAAAGCCGAUCGCGGCGCUGCAGCAGGUGCUACCCCACGUAUGCAGCCCGGGAGUCGACAAGCUGGGCCGUCCCAUCAUCUUCAAGCACUUCGGUGGCCAGUGCUCCUUUUCGCGCCUGUGCCCAGACCGCGAGAGCGUCGACCGGCUCUGCGAGUACAAUUGGUGGGUAAACGAGCAGUACUGCAAGCGGCUCGCAGCCCUUGGCGCGGAGCAGUGGGUUGUGGUCAUCGACGCCAAGGGCUGGCAGCCAGGCUUGAUCGAUCGGACGGCUCUGCGAGUGCUCAAGUCGAUGGCCGACACAGACGCCGACCACUACCCGGAGCGGCUCGGCGGAUUGGUCGUCUUGAAUGCGCCGGCCUCGCUCGCCCUCGUGUGGCGAAUCGUCAAGACGUGGCUCGACGAGAAGACCAAGGCCAAGGUCGACAUCAUCUCCAGUUCCGACCCAAAACGCGCGACCGAGCGGCUGCACGGCCUCGCCGCGCCAGACCAGCUGCCGGAGCAGUACGCAGGUACGGCGCCGCCGCUCGAGGCGUGGCCGAUUUGGCCGGCAAAGUCAGGGCUGCCUUCUAAGCCGAACGGCGCGAGGUGA